AUGGUUAAUUCCAAGGAUUUCGCCUUCAGAGUCAACAAGCAAACGCCAGCAAACGGUUCGUUACCGCCGGCCUAUGGCACCGUCAUCGACUGUCGCCCGGCGCACGGAAGGCGGGGGAGAAGUGAGAAGGAGGUCAAGUCCCGCCCAGUGAGGCUAACCAGAGUCCCGGGCCCGCAUGGCGUGGAAUGCAAAAAGCGCAAACGAGAUGGCAAGGAUUUCAAGAACGACGAUGGAACCGCCACAGCCAGUAAGGAGUCCAGUGUCGACACCAUGUCCACCGCAUCCGUAUCCACAGCAUCAACCGAGCGGCCGCUUGUUGUACGAAAGUCGCAGCCUGCGCCUACCAGGUUUCGCAGAGGUACCGUUCUAAAGAAGCAAGUCGAUCUGGACAGCUGGUUUACCAUUCUGAGGUUUUCGGAUCCGGCGCAGUUGCUGGAGAUGCGCACCAGGAUUGCGUCAUGUUACCGUUUCUUAAGAGAUAAUCCUAUGCUAUGGAAGCACAGCAGAGAUCAUUCCUACGACGACAGUCUUCCGGACCCACCUUCCGUACUUUCAGAAUUCCAAUACGCCCAUCUGCGGCACGGCCAUGGGUGCAUGAGCUGCCACAAGCCUUCGACGCGCAAAACAUACUGGGCGUUCCUUCGUCGAUGGUGCAAGACCUGCCUCCACUCCAAGAUUGUUAAAGAGCACGAAGUUAUAGCCAUGCUGAAGGAGGCGAGCGAAGAGCAUGUGCUAGAGCUUCUGAAGUGCUUACCUGUGGCCAUCUUCGACUCGUGGGAAAAUUACGUGGGCGUUGGACCGGGAAACACGCAUCCGCAAAAGAACGUCUACAUACUUCAAGACGUGGAAAAUCUUCUCGCUGAGCAUGGCAGAGAACGGGACGAGAACCCUGCAACGUGGCACGCCGAGUGUAGAGUGUGGAUGAGCGAGAAGGAGAAGGUCAUUCAGGAGCGUCACGACUUUGCGCGUAAGAUGGAAUUUUGGGAAGACCACGCGAGGCAGGUCAAGUCGUCCGACUUUCAGGAAAAGAAGAUGGCACGGAAGAAGUACUUCAAGGAGAGGGCUGCCGAGCUGACGCCUCCGAUUACCGAAAAAGAACUGCAACUGUGCCCAUCCUAUCGGCGAGCCGUCGUUAUCCCCAAGAUGCCGAACAUGCUCUCUUGGUCUCAGCUCAAACCCAAGGUAGAAAAGGAGGCGGCAGAUGUCAGGAAGCGAUGCUCGACCCCAGAUCCGCGCCGUUUGCCUGACCCGAUGUCACUGGCUCGUGAGCGGGUACAGCACGGCCUGCCCUUUUUCUCACAUCCUAGCAGCAGGACUACGACACCGAGUACGGAUCCUUUCUUCUGA